AUGCCCACUCCAGAACACCGGAAGGACGGCGAGACCUCGCACGAAGACUCACGGGAUCUUGACCGCGACAGGGAGAGGGACAAGGACAAGAGCGGGAAGGCGAAAGGGCCUGCGAAGACCAAGGAUCUCUCUCACGUACCAUGCAAAUUUUUCAAGGUCGGCUCGUGCACUGCAGGCAGCUCCUGCCCGUUCUCCCAUAAUGUGCUCGAGCCUGGGCAACAGAAGGAAGUAUGCGCCUGGUUUGUAAAAGGAAACUGCAAAUUCGGCCACAAAUGCGCCCUCGCACACAUCUUACCCGGACAGAGCAUGUCUAUGGAUCGCAAGAACAAAAAGGCCGCACAACUCGCCGCGAACGCUAGCAACUCCGGGGGCAGCAGCGGACGAGGCGGACGAUCAGGCAAAAGCGGCCACGGCAGCGGCGGUAAUCAGGCCCGCAAUCCACUACUUUCUGGCUCUACUGCGCCCACUCGGGCCGCAUCCAAUUCGCGCCCUAACCCCCUCAAAGCCACUCUCUCCCCAUCCACUCCUGCACCCCCUGUCAAGGACACCGACUUCGCGUCGUUCGGUCUGCCAGACGAGAGCAACAAGCUGCCGAGCGCUCCUGCGCAGGGCAAGCCUGACGCUCAGACAAACAUUGCAGACGCUUCACUUGCGGACCAUUCUACUUCGGAAGAUUUGCCCAAGGCGGAGAGUGGCGCGCCAUCACCCCUGCCCAUGAGUACACCGCGCCAUGGUGCUCAGCACGGGUCACCCAACGGAGCCGAUCUCGGGCCCAUCGGGUCCCCUCCGCGCGCUUCGCCUGCGCGCGUGAACGGAUUCACAGCGGGAACGUCACCCACAGCCGCGGGCCUGUCCACCUCCCCGUUUUCCGCGCCACACACGCAGUCCGUCUUCACGCUUCACGAGGCGGACGACACUUCGCAUGGGCUCAAGGCGCGCUCUGGGCUCUCCGCGUCGCUCGGCACUUCCAUUACGUGGUCAACGGAGCGCGGUGCGCGCGGUGUAGCGGCGCAUGGUGUCGCAAACGACGUGGUCGUGGAGGACGAGGACCUGGAGGAUUUCCUGCCCAGCUCCCUCACCGACUUGCUCACUCCAGAGGAGCGCUCGCGGAGAUUAUCACGUACGAAUGGAGCGCGACCUACACUGGUCAGCCCAGAGCAGGACGCAGGGCUCCCGCGCCCCGUCGGCGAGGGUCACCACCGAUACUCCCGUUCCGUGCCUGCGCCGUCGCUGUUGCAGGAUAUUCGCUCGAUCUGGGCGGACAAUGGUGCGGCUGCUAACGGGGACGCGGGCGCGACACUUGGCGGUGGGUUGGGCAACGGAACACCAAGCUCGUUCACGUCGAACUCAGGACUUGGGCGCCCGGGCGGUGAGGAGAUGCUCGCGCCGUCGAACGCAUCAGCGGCGUUCCUGCCUGGGCUACACCACCAUUAUCUCAACGCGAAGACGCAGCGAUCAAACCUGCUGUCCGCGCUGACGUCGACAAGCCACGGCGCGUCGCAUGGCGCGUACCCUGGCGCGUACGGAGCCGGCUUGAAUUCAGGUGCACUCUCGCCGCCACGUACCAGUGCAUUAAAUUCCACUUCCGACAUGUAUUAUCCCAAUUCUAUGCAUCGGGGUGGCUCCGGACGGCCCAUACCCAGCGGCGACGGCUUCCUUCCUGACUCCGACGACCGACGCAGCGCGCUCUCACCAUCUGCUCUCGCGCUGCAAGCGCACGCCCCCGGACAGAGUCUGCCGCAAGGUCUCGCAGCAGGUUACUCGCGAAUACACGCGCUGCCGCCACCCCCAUCGAUCGCAUCACCGUCCACGCCAGGGGCAUUCAGUCACCUUGGAGGCUUCUCACCAGGGACGAAGGGGUUCGGCCACGGGCAAAGCGCGUCGGGCGAAUGGCACAGUAUGUCGCCGGGUGCAGGGAACACGCUCGACCAAGUAUCGAUGUCGCCCAACUUUACGAUGCAGGCUUCAGGUACGGCGGGCUCCGCCAACUUAGGCGGGCUGGAGGCACACUUCUCACGCCUCUCGUACUCGGCAGCUGCGACACGUGGAACUGGCGUGGGUGCACGGGUUCCAAGCGGGCGGGGCUAUAACCCGCAGGCGGCGACCUUCAGUCCAUUGAGCGGGCCUGUGUUGACGGGAGAUGAUGACGAUCUAUUCAGCAUGGAUGGGUGAUGACGAGAUCUCAGAGAAGUUGUAAAAUUACUAUCGUGAUAUAGUAGAGGGCUGGUGUCCGUGUGUUCGCCGUUUCUUGUUUUGUACUGUCGUCAAUUGUAUUUAACUCAAAGUAAUCGCUAA